GAAAACAUAAAAAGUUGCAUUUUAAUGAAUAAAACGUUGCAAACUGUUCAGUUGGCUAUAGCAAUAUGGAGAUGAUUUUUUUUUAAAUGCUGUAGAACACGAGUUAAGUAUUCUCAAGAACUUCCGGCAAAACAAAUUAUUUUACAUUCAUGAAAGAACUGAAAAUGUUGUGCAUCUUCACUCGACACAUACAUUAAGAAUAUUAAAAUAUCGGUAUUUUAAGAUCCAGGAUGUGCACGCAUGCGUAUACCUAGAUACAAGUCAUAUGAACAAAUAUGUUUUGUAGGGGUACAGUAGGCUUGCAUUCUUUGUGUGUCGUGUAGAAUAGAAGUAAGGCAGAUUAGUGUAGAGACUGUCCGGAGCGUAAAUGGCUAACAAGAUCUAUGAAAAGAAAGUGAUUUUCACCUCAUUCCAUUUCCGGAAAGAAGUUUCUAUAAAACUACGUAGACAUGCGAACCACGUGUGGACCCCUUUACAUGUAACAGAUAGGAAGACCCGAUCUUUGAUUCUGUGUUUAUUUCUCGAAGACGGAAGUGAAUUUCCAAGUGCUCUCAAGUUGACUGUGCCGUUGUCCUCCGACCUCUCCUCCGACGUCAAUGACUACACAUGCGAAGCAUUAUUUCAAGAUUGCAGAGAUGGUAAUGAGAUCAUCAAAUCGGCGAAACAAAAUUCAGAUGUGAAGACAUUUUCUAUAGACGUUACUCACAUACCCCCUUCGACAUACACAGUGACGGAUCUAAACCAAUCGAAUGUCGAGAAGAGGCCUACAUCCAGUAAAGCUAGUCAGGCUUCUCCCCAACCCUACUCUUUAUACCACAUUGAAGAGGGUUUACGAAAAUUAGAUCUGUCAUCAAGAUCAACGACACAAGUUGAACGCGAGAAAACUUUACCCACAACAGCGUCAUCUGAUAGGCGUAAAACAGCAUUGCCUUUAUCCGUUUUACCGGACAACCACAGACGAAAUAAUACCCUGGAAUGUUUAAGCCUCGUCUUUCUAAAGGACAUCGAGACAGGGAGCAUUUAUUUAUUUUCGACAACGAAUUCACAGUUUACGAUCCCUUUUCAGCUUCGUCCUAUUUCUGUUUAUGAAUUGAUGGCUUUUCAGGGAUGUCAAAUUCAGCAACACUGUUUCCUUAUUUCGGCAGUGGCAUUUUGCUCAUUUACAACAUAUAUGACUCAACAUGAGGUCGCUUUGCUGUACAGAAAAGCCUGUACCUUUAUGAGUCCCACGGGUAUAGAACAGGCUAUACCGUAUGUUAAAGUGUCACACUUGUAUCGCAACAAACCGAUUUUACAUUUUUUGAAUAUCUACAACAACAUGGGGGGAAUCAUGUACAAAUAUCUAAAGAAUUUUGGCGGGGAUCCGUCCUCCACCCUGAACAGGAAACUUCACGGUCUGUUCUUUAGUGCCAAUGUGGACCCUACCACGGGUCUCCCCCCGCCCAUGUCUUUUUACGGAGACCAUAGAAUCCACAUUCCUGUCAGUUACAUGAUAAACUCUGCAACAAACAUGUAUUUCGCGGACUUCUAUUGCCACUACUCCAAUCAUCACGUGACUCUGGUUGUGACGUUACGAGGAAGUAAUGCAGACUUGUUUUGCCAGAAAAGGCUGAUUUCUCUCGAUCCAUAUUUUAACGUGUUUUUGUUUCGUCGUCCUUACGAUCUGAAUGCAAUGGUUAACACAAAAGUAACAGUAGAAGUGUUUUACACUGAGAGUAUCAACAUUGCCGCGCUGUUAAGGUCCCGUUGCGCUUUUGUAACAUCCGUACCUCAGAUGGGCAAUGCCAUAUUGAAGACAAUAGUGGGUCUUCCUAAACGAAAGGAUUGUAAAAUUUGUAAUUUGAAAAAUAAUCCAUAAUUGUCGUUAAUUAUGUAAUUGAAAGAGGACAGUUUGGUAAACGAGUUGGAUCAGUGCUUGUGAAUGUCUGCUGAUGCAUGUAACCGCAUGCGGAAUAUUGCGGCGUGUUCCACGAACGUCUUCUCGCCCAUAUCAAUAUUUAUCCUUUUACAAGAAAUUCCUGAGAACGUUACCGUACUAAACUCAGGAGCAAUAUUUCAAACUUUUUGUGAAGAUGACUAUAGCACUGAUAAGGAAGGAAAAAUUUCGCUGAUUCCGAAAUUUCUAAUAUGAACAACGAUACUCUGGCGCAUGCCACACCCAAUGUAGCGUAGCAGAAAGUGGGUCAGGCAUGUGCCAGACUAUGACUAAGAAUGAAAAGUCCAUGUACGAAGUCUCGUGAGCACACUGAUGUCGUCCGUAUUUAUCAUGGCAUUCUUCAUGACAAACAUUGUUAGAUGAAAAAGAUAAGGACUGAGAAUUUAUGUUUUGUUAUAAAGAGACAGAUUUAUCGUAAAAGUAAUAGGUGCACGGUUAUUAAUGUCGCGUGCUGCUGGACUUCAGAAACAUCACGGAAAUAUUGCUAGAUCGGACUCCGAGUAUUAUCACUGUCACAAUCUGUGACUCUGAGUAUCAUCACUGUCACAAUCUGUGACUGAGUAUUAUCACUGUCACAAUCAGUGACUCUGAGUAUCAUCACUGUCACAGUCUGUGACUCUGAGUAUUAUCACUGUCACAAUCUAUGACUCUGAGUAUUAUCACUGUCACAAUCUGUGACUCUGAGUAUCACCACUGUCACAGUCUAACGUAGUAAUGCCGUCCUAUGACGAGCUGUCUCUUUGAUUUGUGAAAGAGGAGACAGUAGCUCUCUCGCUACUGCCGCUCUUGCUAAAACAAAUCAUAAAAGCUGACAACGAUGAACUGACUGAAUAAUUUUAGUUUUGGGAUUUGCCUCAGAGACGAACUCCCGACAUGAAAAAUAAAGAUGGAUAGAUUCUUCCAUAGAGGCACAAGACCAAAUGUCGAAUAUCAAAGACUGCCUCACCACAGUUGAUUUCGACGUUUUGCCUUAUAUCCAUUCGCUACAAGUUUAAAAUAUGUUCUUCAUAUAAAAAGUUGUGAGGCAGAAUGAUCUUUUUCAGUGUUACGUUUAACAGAAACUUACUUUCGUUAAACAAGAGGGAUGCUUUAAUGCAAAUACACUAACACUAAGCGCACGGUACUGGUGUCACUUUACGUUACACUUGUAACGUCAUAAAUUGUGGCAAAGCAACGUCACAUUUUAAACAAAUUCAUUAUCUCCAAGCUGUAAUAUCAUAACUAAAGCACAUGCAUGAUUUAAUGUUUAAAAAUUGAAAAUAAAUCUUUGUACGUGUAUAGUGUACAUUCAUAAAAAUUAUGAAUUCUUAGAAAUACUCCAAAGUAUAUGUACUGUAUUUAUUUCACCGUGCCUACAACAGCAGGCAUGUCGUAUGAAAUAAGGGUACCCGUUUCGGUAGGUUUCGUUUUGCUUCGGUAGAUUUCGUUUCCUUUCGAUUUCGUUUCGCAUUUUACAGGUAACCAUCCCAUGAAAUAAGGCUUGCAAUUCUUAUGAAUAUGACCUCUGAGAAAUUUGAACACAGUAAAAAAAAAAUCAGUUUUGGUUUUUUCUAGGAUAUAUAUAGACUUGCUCAAGUCUCUAUGUUUAAUAAUCAUUGCUCUCUUUAAUACUUUUUAUUAAUGCCAAACACGGAAGGGGAGGGGGGUUGGGUUAAAAACUCCCGUACGUUUCUGUCAUCGAUCUACAUCGAUCACGCUCUAGUGGGGAAAAAACAACAACCAGCGCAUAGAAAGUAUAUGUAGUUUUGCGCUUUAUAAAUGAAUAAUAAUAAUAACCACGGUGAGUUGAAGUGAGAGUUAAAAACUUCCAAAUAAUAUUACAUUUUAACGUUUUAAUGUUCACUUUCAUUUCUGAAUAAACAGUAGAAAAGGUAUACAGAGUGUUAUUUAUACUCGUAUGUUUUACUUGCGAAUCGGUUAGUUUCAAUAUAUAUCAUAUUUAGUUUUGAGGGGGUGGUCUCGUGAAAACCGUGUGACUUUAGAUUUUUUUGUCAGAUGUUGAACUUUUGAUCUAAUGAUAUUGUUAUUCAUGUGCGGAAAUCUUGAUUUGUAUUCGAUAAUCUUGAUAUCUAUAUGCGGACGGAAAUUUUGAUUUAUAUGUGAGAAAUCUUGAUAUUCAUGUGCGAAUUUAUUUUAUUUUACUCUACGAGAGAGAGAGAGAGAGAGAGAGAGAGAGAGAGAGAGAGGGGGGGGGGGGACUUCCUCUACUCUUCUGGAGUACCAACGCAUGUGGGCGAAAUAUUCCAGGGGCAAUCGCUCACACCCGCCAGAGAUCACCUGGGUCCUAAAUACAACAGUGAGGUUGUUCAACACGUCACUAAUACUCUAACAAGAUUUUGACUUUCAAUUCAUUUAAUAUGUGACUUAUGUAUAUAUCUUUCAUUCAUUGGAAGGGGGGGGGGGUACAUAAGAUCUAACACGCUAUAUAUAUCCACCGUUCUGGUGCCUGUGCUCACAUCCACCUCCUAGGGAAUGCUACAGGCUGGUGCAUGUUGGAAACUGUAGGAGGGUCCACAGUUUGCUCCUUACUUGAUCUUUAAACCAGGUAGCACGCAGGAGACAGGUGAGAUGCGCAGAGAUCUCUUCCCCCUUAGAACGUGACCACCCGUUCAGGUCCAGGCACCUAUGUCCACAUAGGGCCCCCUGUGUUGCCCCUACGUUGGUAGUCAAACUGGCCGCCUCCCCAGUUCCCCACAAAAAAUUGCACGCGACCCUUUCCGCUAUAUAUGUAAAUUUGCACCCUGUUCAUGAUUACGAUUAAUAAAUACUCAAAUUUGUAUCACUCUUGUUAAUCCAGCUAGCUAAGCAGCCUAUGGGGGAUUACAGGGCAGCCACCCAAGCUUCGACAUAGCUACUGGGUUUAUUCAGCAUAUUAGGGCAAGGUCAACUAUUCAAUUCAGGCCAAAUGUCUCACGGCUGGUAGUGCUGUAUAUUUAUUAAAGUUUAAUUUUAGCAGAGUAGCUCCUCUGGUUAAAUUUAAGACAUCCGAGGUCAGGUCAUGGUCAAUGAAGCUAAUUCUUUUAUCAAUUUUUGAAAUUAUGCAUUUCACCUACAAUCAAUAAUGACUAAAUCCAUGCGUACAUCUAGCAUGUGUACAUCAACAUUAUCAAAUACGAAUCAAAUAUUAUGGAAUAUAAAUCGAGAUUUAUAUAAUUAUCGAAUAUAAAUAACAAGGUUACCAAAUGUAAAUAAAUAACAAGAUUAUCGAAUAUAAAUCAAAAUUUUCGCAUAUAAAUAUUAAGAUUAUCGAAUAUAAUUAAAAUUUUCUCAUAUAUGAAUAACAAGAUUAUCGAAUAUGAUUAAAGAGUUUCGUAUAUAAAUCAAGAUUUGUAUAAUAUUGCAACGUUUUACACACCGUAAGUGUAUCUGUUCAAUGCUGAAUUUUUAUAUGCAUACAUACAGUACAUCGUCGCAAACCACGGGUUAUUGUUUCAUUCUAUUUCACAAACGUUUGUGAAAUAGAAUGAAACAAUAACCCGUGGUUUGCGACGAUGACAUACAGUAGUACAUACAACAAAAUGUAGUCUGUACAAUUGUCAUUUGAUAAAGUCAAUUAAAGUAUAUGUACCAGAUCUAGAGCAAAACAUAUCUAUGAGAUACACAUGCUAUAGCUUAAAUACCUUGUAUACUAUUUUUAAAAAUCAUUUUAAUUUAGAUCAUUCAAAAAUAAUAAAAGCAACAUUUUACGUUUUAGCUAGACGUAGGUUGUGUACAUUGACGUCGCGUCAUUGCGCGACAAAAUCACAUGGGACAUUUAUUUGGACAUUAAGUAUCUUUUCGUUUUCCUAAAUGGACGCGGGAUAAAAUGAAAUGUUGUAUAUUCUAUAUAGUAAAUUUUAUGUACUUUCUGUAAGUUAUAUUCAUUAAAAUAUUCGCGUUGGGAUAAUGCUUAGAAAUAAGACAUAAAAUGGUAGAAUUGUUUAAAAAGCUCGGUAUUUGUAGAAUAAGGACAUUUCACUGGACACCGAUAAAAUCAAUCUACUUCAUGGAUAUACUCAGAAUUUUAUAAUACUGGUAUACAUUGUGCUCUACGAUACAUGUCAUUAUAAAUGUAACAAAGAUAGUCAACUUCCCCCUGUAUUAGGCGUGCUACUGGUCAUGAUGAUUUGCAUUUGCAGUCUAUCUACAAACACGGGACACCACUGACAGGCACUGUAUUUGCCAUUUUUAAGGUCGCUAUAUCAAUUCUAUGAACUAAAUGUUUAAAGUAAUUGGUUUAUGGUUUUUAGAUAAGGACGUCACAAUCAUACACCAAUUCUUACGUUAUUUGGGACGAAAUCAAUCAUUUUAUUAAUCUGUGGAUAAAGCGUAUGCGUAUUUCAUGUAACGCGGGACAACGAAAAAUGACGACAUCUGCGUGUAUUUAUUGCUAAUGAAAUGCGUGUAAAUUAUAUUUUAUAUAAGCUAUUAUCAUUAUUUAUAUAUUUUCCUUGCCAUUGAUGUAUAAGACUUUAAUAAUCCACAAAAUAUACAACUGUGUAAACAUAGCGGAAAUAUUUUCUAAUGCACGUAUGAAAGUAACACCAGUACCGUGCGCGACGUCUAAGUCAUUUAAAAUGAAACUAAAGAAAUGAUUCAAUUUGUUUUAAUUUUACCCUUGAAAAAAUGUUUUAAAAGUUUUUGAACAUUACUUGAUAAAUAAAAAAAUACGUAGCAUAUAAUGAUAUGCAUGGUGAUUUUGCCUUAUCUAUUCGACAUAAUCUGCUAUGAUUUCUAGAAUUUUUGUCUGGUUCCCCUUCCCCUUUCGAAAUUGCUGGGUCCGCCUCUGAUUAUCAUCGGAGGAGUUUCUCGUUACAUGGUCGUUAUAACUAUCUAAUUUAUUAAUAAAAUCUGUCACUGGGUUAAAUGCUGUCUAACAUGCUUCAUACCGAUUGUUCCAUGGCCGUUCUUGGCACACUGAUUUUGACUACGGAUUACUUUGUUCGUCUGAUCAAGAUAUAGGCACACAGUGGGCGUGAUCGGUCAACAGUGGAUGCUUACUCCUUCUCGGCACCUGAUCCCACCUCUGGUGUGUCCAGGGGUCCGUGUUUGCCCAUCUCGUAAUUUUGUAUUCUUUACAGGAUCUAUAGGAUAGUAUUCAGUUCUGAUAAAAUUGCAUUGGCUUCCAGUCGAGUACCGUAUUCAGUACAAUAUUCUGUUGUAUGUUUACAUGUGUCUUCACAACCUGGCUUCCAGAUAUUUGUCACAGUUGAUAACACCAUACACACCGGCGAGAUCGCUAAGAUCGGAAUCGGGCUGUCUGGUUACAGUCCCAAGACAAAGACUAAUGGAGAGAGGAGGUUUGACAUGGCGGCAGCGACACUCUGGAACGGUCUGCCAUGUGGACUUAAAAAUGUACAGAAACUUGACUGUUUGAAAAGAGAUUUGAAGACCCACCUAUUUCGUCUUGCUUUUAAUGUGUGAUCUGUGAUUUUGUUUUUUAUGUGUAUUUAUUAUUUUUUCUCUCGAGCAUUUAUUUUUUCCCACGAUGUUUUUAGAAAUCUUGUAUUUUAAGUGUGUUUAUUGUUCGGAGAGUUUGAUCUUUGUAGUUUUAGCGUACCGUCCUAAACAUUUUAGAGUACUUUUUAGAUACUUUGCAUAGUGCUCUAUAAAAAAAACCCCACUUUAGCUAUAUAUCGAUCUUGAUAAUAAUGUUUUAUUUUGAUAAUUUUACAGAUGUAAGAUUUUAUGUCAUACUGUCAUUUAAUUUCAUUUAAUUGUGUUUCAUUGUUGCAUUCCUCUUCUUACCCUUGUAAAGCACCUUAUGAGUAAUUUGUUUUAUACAAAGCGCUAUAUAAAUUUUAUUUACAAUGUAUUAUAUCAUUAUAGGAUUUAUGAUCACUGUU